UACUAAUAAAGAAUGUAAGUGUUAAGCCUCGCGUGUGUUAUUGAGGUAAACUACGUUGUCGGUUUUCAUUAAGAAGCAGUUAACCUUCGACUUUGGAAAUAACUUUGUUAUUUCUACAACGUAUUUUUUAUUUUAAUUUGAACAACAGUAAAGAAAUGGGUGGUCUUCUAAGCUAUUUCAAAAGUUUGUUAGGCAGUCGUGAAAUGAGAAUUCUGAUCCUUGGUCUCGAUGGAGCAGGGAAAACUACUAUAUUAUAUCGACUGCAAGUUGGAGAAGUUGUAACAACAAUACCGACCAUUGGAUUUAAUGUAGAACAAGUAACAUACAAAAACCUUAAGUUUCAAGUGUGGGAUCUUGGAGGACAGACUAGCAUUAGGCCUUACUGGAGGUGUUACUUUUCCAACACAGAUGCAAUAAUUUAUGUUGUUGAUAGUAUUGAUCGAGACAGAAUAGGUAUAUCUAAGGAAGAACUCGUGUCAAUGUUGAAGGAGGAUGAGCUGAAAAAAUCAAUUCUAGUUGUUCUAGCUAAUAAACAGGAUAUUGAUGGAGCUAUGAGUGUAGCAGAAGUUCACCAAGCUCUAGGCCUAGAUGCUUUAAAGAGCCGAACAUUCCAGAUAUUCAAAACCUCUGCUAUAAAAGGAGAAGGUUUAGAUGAAGCAAUGGAGUGGUUAUCAAAUGCUCUGUCGAACAACAAGUGAAGUGUCAAUUGAAAAAUUCAUUUUCCUCACAUGUAAAAAAAAAAGAAUAACAAAUGUCAUGAAAAAUGAACUACUGUGGUGCAGAUGGUCAUGUGACUUGCAGUGGAUGUUCUCCUGCCAGGCUGAUUGAUGUGUGUGCAUACAGCAAGCACUAUGGACAGAGCACCAAUACAGUUUUUGGACAUCAGUAUUUAAUAGAAAAAAUUUGCACAGAAAACAGUUUACAUCCACUGACUUAAAUCCAGCUUAUUCUGUCAUUCUAGUCACUUCCAAUUCUUUUAUUAGUAUUUCCUCAUUUUCUCCCCAUCUGUCUUGAUGCCUAUAUUAUAUAGAAUAGCAUUUGCUCUAUGACAUUUUAAAAUUUGUUGAUUUUUAUUGUGGAACUACAAAUGCAAAAUGUUCUUUAACUAUAUAUUUUUAACAGAUAUAUAUAUAAUAACUUGAUAGAUAUCUCUCUGAAGAAAAUAAAAUUCAAACAUUGUACAGGAAUUUAUGUUAUUGUCUUAAGCUGUAUGUAUUGAAAUGUGUAAAUUAAACUUUCUAAACUCCUGUGCUAAUCCCCGUGAGGUUUCUUUAUAAUGCAAAUUUAUAAAAAAUAUAUACAGCAGUAGCUAAAUAUAGGAUUUAAAAAAAAACAAUGAGUGUGUUUGUUUUGUAUUUUCUAGUUAAAAAUUGAGUGAUUCCUGCAAAGAACGAAUUUUAAGUUUUUAUCUUGGUAGUUGUUCUAGUGAACAUUUUUUUUUUCUUGUGUUAUUUUUGUAUUUUCUGGUUAAUAUUUUAGUGAUACCUGCAACAUGAAUUUUAAGUUUUAAUCUUACUUAGUUGUCCUAGUAAACCUUUUUUUUUCAUCUCAUCUAAAACAUGAGCUGCUACUUUGUCUUGUUAAACUCUCUGAAUGGUUAAGCCUUAAAAACACUAAUAUACUAGUAUUUAUUGUAUCUACACGUCAUUGGUGAAAUUGAUAUCACUAUCCAUUUAUAAAAAUGACAGGUGGGAAGUAUAGAUUGUACAGGAUCUUGAUCAUGUUCUAAUAACCUUACAUGACACAUGAUGCUAAUAAUUGACCUUACGUGACACAUGAUGCUAAUAAUUGUCCUUACGUGACACAUGAUGCCAAUAAUUGUCCUUACGUGACACAUGAUGCCAAUAAUUGUCCUUACGUGACACAUGAUGCCAAUAAUUGUCCUUAAGUGACACAUGAUGCCAAUAAUUGUCCUUACGUGACACAUGAUGCCAAUAAUUGUCCUUAAGUGACACAUGAUGCUAAUAAUUGACCUUACAUGACACAUGAUGCUAAUAAUCUGCUAUCUUUAUAAAGAAUUUUGUUUUUAGAAAAGUGAAGAAUGGGAAAAAAAUAGUUUUUCAAGCAUUUUAAUGAAUGAGCCAAAACAAAGGUUAUGUACAGGUAGACAUUUGUGGAAUAGAAAUUCACAACUACUUAGUGAUAUAAUGGAAUAAAUACCUGUAUGACUUUUGUAGUCUUAGUCAUUCUUUAUCACAAAUUUUACCAAUAAACGUGCAUAAAAUAUUAAAUUCACUUACAAUCUAAUAGAUUCUGCUCGGGCAGCUUGGAUGUGAAGUGUACCAGUUAUGUAUUGAUUAUGGCCCCAGGAUAUAGAAAUGAUUUUUGUAGGGGGAAGAAGUUUUUGCUCUUGGAAAGCUUAGACAAGUCUUCCCCUUAUCUUUUAGAGGUUAUGUAACUAUUUUAUAUUUAUGGUUUGAAUUGUGUAUUUGUAAGUAUUUAAAAGGUUGUGACAAUCAGAUGGCAGUUGUUAUGACUGAAUUACUAAAUAGUUACUGUUUUAAUAUUAUUGUUAUUAGAUAUUAAUUCCCAAUUAGUUAAUAGCCUAUGUUUUAGCUGAAAAUCUGUUUCAUCUUCUUACAAAAUGGCCAUAUGUUUCAGCUUAGUUUGCCAUCAUCUUCUUGCAGAAUGGCCAUAUGUUUCAAUUAACAAACUGUUACCAUCUUUUUUUGCAGAAUAGCCACAUCUUACAGCUGACAAUCUGCUACCAUCUUGCAGAAUGGCCAUGAACUUGCAUUAGCUGGGGAAUAUGAUAAAGGGGUGAAAAUUCAUUUAAAAAUUGUAGUCUGACUUUUUAUUUUAAAAUCUGCAUUGUGCACACAAACCCAUGAUGCUCAGCUAUGCCAGUUGUUGGUAUAUUUUAAUUUUGACCAGUCUCCCUAUGAUAAUUUAUUUCAUCGUAAUUAUCCAAUUCAUUAUUAUUGGAUGACUUGUGAGAUCAAAUAUUGUUUUAUAAAUAAAAAUGUAACUGUAUCCACGUUUGAAGAUAUUUUUAGUACCAUAGUCCGAAGUAAAUGUGUUCUAAAAUGUUUAUAGCCAGAUUACAAACUAAAGUGGUAGAAUCUGAGAUAAAGUUCGAAUAUCAAUGUGUAUCUUUAAUGCAUUUGCAAACCUGGAAAGUCUAGAAUUUUGUCUGCAAAGUUAGAGAAAAAAAUGUAGCCACAUUCUCUUAGAAAGGCAGCAGAUGAAAUAUCCACUUGUCCUGGCUGUUCUUUGUUGUUAUCCUGAUUGUGGAUGAUAUUAAAACUUGCCAUCACCCACCUAUCAUAAGAAGGCCAAGGUAUUCGCAUUUAGUCUUUUUUUCUUUCAAACUUCGUAACAAAAUAAAAAACAUUACUUAGUGAGUAGGUAUAUUGUUCUCCACUAGGGUUCUUGUCACACACUUUAGCUUAAUACAGUUGAAGUCGUGAAUCAACAAUGAUGUAUCUUAAGUUAAUCAUAGUCGACAAAUUUUCUAAUCUGGUGCUAAUAUCCACUUUAAUAAUGAAUUCAAAGUAUUAAGAAACAGACUUAACGGCAGAGUCCGACCCCAUACCUUAGUACUGAUCUGUCUUUCUAACUUCUUUGACAUUUGAAAACAAUUAUAAUGUAUUUCAUCAAAUAUUUAAUCCAACUCGUAACAUUUUAAAAACUGAAAUUUAUCAAAAUUAGCUUUUAUAUCAUGUUAAUGUUAACUUUCAAAAAUAUCUAAAACGUUAUUGUAAAAAAAAAAAAUUAUUUUCCAUGCACUUGUUAUUUCUAGUUGUUUUUUACAAAGUGUAGUGACUUACUGUUAUAAUUUUAGUUGAAAAUAUUUUGUUCCCUUUUUUUUGAAUUUGGACUAAAUUUCUACUGAAUGAGGGAAUAGUUAUUUCAAAUUGAUAAUUUUGUAGGAUUAUAGAUACUACUGAUAGAAACUUCAAAUACUUGUGUCAACUGUGAUGACAGUUAUGGAUAGGAGUUGGACAGUUCCUUAGGAAUUUAUGGUGGGGUUGUUGGAAUAUUCCUGUUUAAAAUAUGAAUCGGGCAUUUUUUGUUGUAAUAUUUUAUUACUUAAUAUUAAGUAAUCAAAAAUUCUACUUCAGAACGUGCUUAUUAUUUACAUUAAAGCUAUUUAAUGAUUACUUGUGAGUGAUAUCACGUGAAAUUGUAAAAAGUGAGUAAAUGUCAUAUUGUGCUAGCAGUUCAUGAAGUAAAAUACACAUUACCAUAUUUGAUUCUUCUUAUCUGAAGCAUGUUUUUUUCAUAAUUAGUUAAGCCAGUUCUUUCACAGAAAUCUAUGGGGUAAAAACUGAACAGUUUACUUCUAGAGACAUUUACUUAACAAAUUGACAACAAGGAAUCUUUUGGUCCAUCAGGGCUGUCCUUACACACCCAUCCUUGGGAAGAGUAAAACAUUUACACUCUCCAUUUACUUUUUUCAACAAAUUAUCAAAUCCUCUUCUUAAAGUGAUGGCCUCCAAUACUGCUGGUGCCAAUUCAUUCCAGAAAUCAUUCACCUCGUUAGAAAAAUAAAACUGUUUACCAAAUCUUAAACUUGUGUCCUCUCAUCUUGUUGCAUUUCAAAUAUAGCACAAAGAAACUAGAGACCUUUAUCCUAUAGAUCCCCCCCAAUAAUCUUAUAAACUUCAAGAUCACCUCUUAUCCUUCUUCUCUCAAGAGGAAAUAAGAAAAUCUGUCUCCAUCAGAUGACCCUCUCAUCCCAGUAGCCUUUGGAACCCUUUCAAAUAAGUCAGUAUCCUUUCUUAGAGGAUACCAACCCUGUAUAUACAGUAUCCUAUGUUAUGCUUAACUAGUGAUAUGAUUAAUUUUACUCAUGGUACCUUAAUAAACUUAAACAUUUUUGUAAGAUGUCAUUUUGAGAGUGGACAAACUUGUUUGUUUAUUUAUUACACUUCAGUUAAGCUUUUAUUGCUGUUUUAACAAUUGAUCACCAAUUCUAUAUUGCAUGCUGAAUAGAAAUUCCAUAAGAAUGGCAAAAUAGCUCAAUUUAUAAAGAAAGUUUAAUAUUGUGUAAACCCUUGAUUAACUACAGCUGUAAUACCUCAAACUGUACAGGUCUAGGGUGUUUCAGUUUGUUUAAAAAAGCAAUUGUGGAUUUGACUAAACAUUUCCAAUUCCUAUGAUGUUAAGUAACUUCAAGGGCUAGGUUACAACACACAUAAACAUAGAUCCUGUAAACAUCUGUUUAGUUUGGUGGCUUUAUUUACUUUGCUGUUUUUAACAAAGUGUAACAUUAAUUUUGUUUAAGUGAAAUUUGUAUUAUUAUAUAAGCUUUAAAUUAGCUGGGACAUAAAGUUUUUGUGGUUUUACUGAACCCCACCUGCUCGAUUGCACCAAAUGAGAGCCAGUUCUUAAUAACUACUUGUUAGUUACUAAUAAUAAUACUGACCAUGACAUCAGGUGUCCAUUUUUGUGUGGGAGAAAUUAUGUUUAAGUUUCGUAAUGAUUUUUUUUAAAACAAGCCAUUAUUAGAACAUUCUCACUUUUAAGAAAAUACGAACUGUGGCAGUACGCUGUUUUGCUUGUUUCACUUUGUAUCAAUAUUAUGAUUGUUACAAGUACGUGUGAGAUUUAAAGAAAUUCAAGUCUUUGCAAGAUAAUUGAGUGGAUGGUAUCUUAACCAUCUUCUUCUGGGUGACAUUUAGUUUUUAUGCACUGAAAAUAAUAGAUAAUUGUAGAAUAUAAAAUUUGUAGAAAACGUCAUCUAUCUAAUUCACACAAUUUGGGAGCGAGUUACAAAAUUUUGAUGUGAAAAGAAAAUAAUCUAAAAAAAAGUAUAACAAGAUCUAACUCUGAAAUUAUCUCGUGAUGUUUGUAAUAAGUUUAUAUUAAUUACUGCAGGUAAUAUAUUUAACAAAUACAUUAACAUUUUCAAAAUAUGGUUAAAACCUAAAAUUAUAUAGGAAUUUCAUACUAUAUUUUAUGAUAGCUUCAGUUUUACUCCUAAAACAACCUUGAUUGGAGAAAAAAUCUGGAACUCUAAGAUCACUAUAGCACAAACAAUUAGUUUUCUUCAUGUUUCAAAGUUUAAUUAUGAGAUUUUAAUUGACAUUUACUAGAGCAACAUCAUACAACCAGACUACAACUCAUUGAAAGCUUGGGAAAAUCUGUGUUAAGUAUGCUACACGUGAAAUAUAUCAAGACGUAUAUAUAUACAUAUAUAUCAUCAGCAAUUACUAUUAAGAUAAAUGAACUUUAUGAAAUGACGGGUUAUUAAUGAGUUUAAUAUUCUCUGUUGUAUUUGUUUUUUUUCUGUAUGUUGCACUUAGUAAUUUUUAGGAUAAUUUGAUAGUCAUCAUAGUAUCAUUUUUUGUUUACAAUUUGGAUCACGUGAACAUUUUUCUAAGUUGGGUGUUAGUUACUUUUUCAACCAUUUUGAUAUAAUUUCAGUUUGUUUUAGUAAUAGCCAUUUUUGUGCAUUUUGAACUUUUAAAACUUACUGAACCAUUUCAUUGCUUAUUAACUUUGAUGUAUAUAUUCUACUUUUCAGUUUUCAUCCUCUUAUGAAAUCUUUCACAAAUUCAGUAAGAUGACCAACUUGAAUGUAUACGAACAACCAUUUUUCUGUCGUUGUUUUAACUUUGUUAGUUAUGUAGUAUGAUCAAAACUAUAUCUAUAUAUAUGUUUCUUCAGUGUUUUUAGGUUAUUAAUAGGUAUAAGGAAGAAGUGGUGUGUAUUGUAAUACAUUUUCUCUAAGAUCAUCAAAAAACCACCCCUCAAUACUGACCAGAAUAAAAUUAAAGAAGAUUCUGAUGAUAGUAUACUUUUUAUCUUUUUUUUUGUAACAAAUCAUAUGGGGGUGUUUCUUAUUAUAAGUUGUUUUCACUGAGAUAUAUAAAAAAAAGUAAUAAUUAAACACCAAGAUAUACUCUUGUGAGAACCUGCACUUCAUUGCUUUGGGAAAAAAUCAGAUAAUGGACAGUAUAUAUUUAACACAUUUUUCACCAACAAAUCUUAAAAAAUUAAAACUAUGAUAUUUAUGUAUCAUGUUACCAUGGUUGUUCAAAUGCAAGAACAUCUAUAAAUCAUAAAUGUCUGUAUCAAUGUUGGAAUUAGGCUGAUCGAUAUUUAAAAACAUGAAUAGUAUGGCACUAGGAAACUAGUGACACUUUGGAUGUGGAUGUAAAUCUGAAGUAUAUAACACCUGGUUUUUUUUUGUUGUUGUUGUUGUUAAGAAGUGACUGCUGUGCUUUUAGUUUGGGACACUUGGGAAAGCUUGUAUAUCAAGGGCAUUAAUCUUUCUAAACCAAAUAAAACUUAAGUUCCUUUCAAACAAAAACUGUGUGUUCACUGAUGAUCGUGGCUUAUAACUUAAAGUAUUUAUAUUCAAGAUGUGUCUGAAUUGAUGACAUCAGUCUGAUUGAGACAAACAAGUUUGAGUAUAAGGUGAUGUUAAUUUGAAAAAUAAAAAUACUUUUGACCAUCUUA